AUGCGGGCGGUUCCUGGAGAAAAUGCCUCAGUGCAUACCACUCCCGGAUUGGGAACGGACGCGGUGGGUGUGCAAGCACGAAUAGCGGGGUUUUUUCGACACCUUAUGGAUGCAACGGCAAGAGAGAUAAGCCAAGGUGGGAUGGAGGUCCGGGUUCCCCAGAAGCGUCUCCGGUCCAUAUCCGGUGAGGAUAUUGGGGGCAAACUAGUAAUGGCCUCUAAUAUCCACGUCUGUGCGAGACAUUACCAUUUAUCUUAUUGGCUUUGCUACUUUGCCAUAAAGUAUAUCACUUAA